CGAUACACGAUACACGAUACACGAUACUAGGUAUGUACAGUUUGCAAGUCGUGGAUGUCUAGGAUCCCCUGUUCCCCUGUUCCCCUGUCCCCGUUCCCCUGUCCCCGUUCCUCUGCUCCCCUGUUCACCCCCCCUGACUUUAGCCACGACUCCGCCGUAAUUCAGCCACGCUACUGAGUCCUCCCGUUGGGUCUUGACCUUACAAGUGUCCAAGCCUUGACAACUGUUAACCAAUCAUCCCAACCUCCUCCAAUUAUUUCGACGUGUCUCAUGGCCUGAGGUUUGAUGUCGAGUCACUGAACUCGCGACCCAUUUUUGGCCCAAACUCGCUCGUUGUCUAUGAAUAUGGAGGCUUGGGUUUAAAAAAAAGCUGGUUCAUAAAGCAUUGAUCCAGCAUCCCCAGCGUCUGCUAAGAACAUGUUUAUGUUUGUCUAGUUCCCCUGUUUUAUUGUCAACCCUACGCUCUUUAUCUUAGCAGACACCACCCUCUUUUAACUUAAAUACGGGAUACAAUUCAUACUAGGUGCGCUAGUUAAGUAGUUCAAGAACAAUGCCAUUCAUUCCAAAUACUCCCGAGUCCCGGUUGGGCCGCUCCGAUUCCAAGAACCCAGCCACGACAUGUCGAGGCAUCACUUCAGGUGGUCGUCCUUGUCGACGACCAUUGAACUCUUCUCCGGACUCGUCGCCACUGCCUUCUCCGCCUAAAAUCGACGGACUGCGUGUUGACGACCCUCGAAAUGCCGACCUUUACUGCUGGCAACAUAAAGACCAAGCAAUCGCAUCUUCGAAAUCCAGUCCGGGACCGAGGUCGAAUAUGACAACCAUCCGCGAAUCCCGUCAAAGCUUGGAGAGUCUUAUUGAUCGUCUUGGAAUAGUCGAGGCACAGAAGCAAGGGAAAAGACCAACACAUAACCCUUACGGCGAGAAGAUAGAUACACAUCCGCCAAGAAGACCAAAGACGAAGCAAUCGAGCUUCUGCUGUUGUUUCACAAUCACCGAAGAAGAGGAGGAGGAACUUCCAGCACGACCACAACCCAGGCCGCUACAAAGUGCACCUGCGAAACCCAUGUAUUCUAGGCCAUCGCCCAACCAGCAUCUGGUACCUCCUCCUACGCAGUCACGACCAAGUGGCGAGUCUUCAAGACCGCACUCGAACCAGUCCGACACAUCGCAAACGGCACGAUACUUGUCCUUGAUCCCGGCGACGGCAUCACCGCAGACGGCCUCGCAGCUCAUGGCAGAACUAGCCAAACCCAUCUCGCAGCAAGAUGAAGCCGGUUAUAUCUAUAUUUUCUGGCUGACACCAGAAUCUCAACCGUCAACCCCUCCGGCAGAGGCAGCCAAAACCCUAUUAUCUCCACCCCGCCCAGACGGCGGUCGUCAGCGACGAACAAGCGACGUGAUGGAGUCUUUCGCUGUUAAGGAGAGCAAGACUACUGGAUCGUCCAAGAAGAUACUUCUGAAAAUCGGUCGGGCGUCUAAUGUUCAACGACGUCUCAACGAAUGGACACGUCAGUGCGGGUAUAAUAUAUCACUCGUCCGUUAUUAUCCUUACGUCUCUUCGUCCCAGCCAGCGGAACCUCGGAAGAUGCCCCAUAGUCACAAAGUCGAGCGUUUAGUCCAUCUCGAACUCGCAGGUGCCGGUCUUCGGGUAAGCGACAAGGCGAACUGCGACGCUUGCGGGAAAGCUCACAAGGAGUGGUUCGAGAUCGAUGCCAACAAGAACGGAAUCUCAAUGGUGGAUGAAGUUAUUAAGCGCUGGUCUGACUGGGACGAAACCAACACAUAGUUAGCCCACGUUUAGUUAAGAGAGGUAGUUAUACCCAGAUGGUACUAGGAACCCAUGAAAUUACGAUACCAUAAGGACACGAAGGGCGUUUUUGCCAUAGCAUUUUCGGAUAGACAAUACGGCCGGAUGGGACGCAUACCUAUCUACCUACUUACCUACUUUAGGUAGGCGUAGAAAGGAUAUUGAUUUAUGAAGUAGAUGAAAUGUAACCGGCGCUGCCUAUUCCGGCAGUUCAGCCGUGAGUCUUGUGCCCUGUACAACUGUGUCCCUUACGUCCUUGGGUUACUGUCGCAUCUUGCAUCAUUACACUCCAUAUGUGUAGAUAAUCCCCGACGCACUUUUCCGCCCUAUAUGGGUUGCGGAAAACGUAGUCUAUCCGAUGGUUUGGGUUACCCUACGGCGGCCAAUAUACUUUAAUAUGAGACGUUCUCUCGAGAGCCACAAGAAUAUUAAUGUUUGUGAUUCAAUAUCGAUUCUAGAGAACCUAUGAUACGGUGAUACUUAAAUUUUCCAUAAUUGAAUGUUGCACUUGUUGAUACUGCCCAGUCAGCCAGUAUAUGACAGCUCUAUGACGACAACCGAGGCAAGCUAUUAUAGGGCCCGACUGUGGCGCUCUUCGAUUCGGAUCUCCUUUACAUAUUCGUACCGAUCUUAAGCUUUACUCAUGCUAAC